GAUUCAUUGGAUGAGAUUUGAUUGCCAUACGGGCUUUCCAUCCACUAUCUGGUAAACUUAAACUCGAAGAGCAUCUACUGCGAAAACAUAACGGGCCGUAACUCUUACAAGGCGACUGACUACAUUGCAUUGUCGAUAUCUUUUAUAAUUAAACACCCAGCAGCCCACUUGGGUAGAACCUUCAUUCUUCCCACCAUUCGUUACAUUCAUUACCCCACGAGAGGAGAGACGCUCACUCGUAGGAUCGGUUUCGUUGCACGCAUAAAAGACUGCAUAGAACUCCAAACAACUCAUGGAAGUCGUGUAUGGUUUGAUAGGGUUAUCCUAGAUUGCGAAAAGGAGAAAUGAGCAAUGCCAACUCGAGCAGAAACUCCUCCAGUGGAUACAUCUUCGACACGGAAUACCCAUAUUCACACGGAAUCUCCAAGUACUGAUUUCGAGUCCCCCCAUAUUCGCAGGAUGCAAAGUCCUACACAUGCCCCUCUCACGAUACUUUCUUCCAGCGCAAUGAACAUGCCUCAUUUAAACACGGAUCCCUCCUUACUCAAAUCUUCGACGGGCACAAUUAGAUCCGUACCCUCUGAUGACUCUCGACUUGGUCCAAAUUCUCACGACGAUAGUCCAACUGCGCAACCUCAAUCACAAAACGAGUCUACUACACCUACCACCCCAAGAAAAGCUAGCUAUAAUUCCAUAAAUGGUUCGAAACCACCACUUAGUCGACAGAAUCCAUCCGCGACAGGAAUGCCCAGAGGAGUUGUCAGAAGUAUAUCUACCGAAUUUGGCCCUACCAAGUACUCGAGUAGCAAUGUACAUGUUGUGGAAGAUAUCCCCGCGAACGAUGGUGAAGACUUUAAUUCAGCUAUUGGGAAGGCAAACUUGGGAAAGUCGGGGAGAGUGAUCGAGCGACUUACAAAGGAAAAUGACAUGUUGAAGCGCGAUGUCAAGAUUGAGAGGCUGAGAGCUGAAGAGGCUCUCGAUCAAGCAAGACUGGCCGAGAGCAGAUUCGUCCAAGAAAACGAAGAAUGGGAGCGGAAGUUGCGUGAUGCUGCUAUGAAUUCAACGGUUCUAAAGAGGAGGGAGCGACAGCUCGCGGAUGCCAAAGAAAAAAUUGAUGCGGAACGACACAAGGCCGAGAAAGCGACUGAGGGUGAGCUGUUCUGGAAGACUGAGAUGCAGAAAUUAGAAAAUGAAUGCAAAGAAAAGGUCGAAGAAGCCCAGAGCCGGGCGGAGCUAUACGAGGGAAGAAACAAUGUCAUGACCAACCAUUGGAAGGACCAGGAAAAGUCCGCCAAUCGGACCGUAGCGAAGCUAGAGAAGGAGAUCAAAAUGAUUGUGAAGGAAAGGAUAGCCGACGAUGAGAAGAUUACCAUGCUCAAACGCCUCGCAGAACAGCAAGCCGAGCAGCUCAAAACACUGCAGAAAGAAAAGGAUGACGUCGAUCGGAAAUAUGAGGAGUACAAGGCAGAGAAGGAGAAGUCUCUCGCAGAUAUCAAAGAAAAUGCAAGUAAACAGCAGAAGGCCAACGAGGAGAUUAUGGCAGAGACGCAAAAGGUUCUUGGGGAGCUGAGAUGGGCCCUCAAUGUCAAAAAACACGUCAAAGAUGCUGAAUAAGAAGCUCAAUUACCAAUUUCAAGUCUCGGAUUCGUAAAGAUUUCACUGACUCCAAAAACUUUCUUUCCACUUGAACCCCGCGAUCUCGACACAUACUCAUAUCAUCCAUCUACUUUCGAAUUACAUUGAAUUACGAUAUUCUCUUCGAGCGAUCCAGCGACAUCAGAGACUGCAUUGCAUUGGAGAAACAGGAUACAGUUGUAUUUUCUGCGCUUUUGUACAUUAGACACUGUGGUUAGGGUAUCUCGGGUUGAACUUGGGCCACGAAGCCCAGGGUGUUAAGGAGUUUCUUUCUUGUGUCUACAUCAGAUCAUCAUAUCUAGGAAUUGUACAUUGGGGCAAACACUGGGAAGUUCAUCAGAGUUAGAUUUGCCAGGGUUAUUGAUGAUGAUUGAAUGAACUAGAUUUUCUUUUUAAUGAUGCCAUUGUGCAAUAGUUGCUCUGAUCUUAAAUCAUAACUUGAUGCAGAAGGAAAGUAUAAUUUUGCCA